UUGUGUUCUCCUUUUUUCUUCUGUAGAGAAAAGUAACGCAAACACACAUAGAGAGAAGAAGUAACUAAGAUGGUUGCAAACGAGGGCAUGAGCAAGGAUAAUGGUCAUGUGGAGGAUGAAGUUCCACUUCCAGGAUUUCGCUUCCAUCCCACAGAUGAAGAACUUGUUAGUUUCUAUCUUCGAAGGAAGCUUGACAACAAACCCAUCAGUAUCGAACUCAUCAAACAGAUUGAUAUCUACAAACACGAUCCUUGGGAUCUUCCAAAAGCUACUGUCAGUACUGGAGGUGAAAAGGAGGGGUACUUCUAUUGUAAGAGAGGGAGGAAGUAUAGAAAUAGCGUCAGGCCCAACAGAGUGACCGGGUCUGGGUUCUGGAAAGCAACUGGUAUAGACAAACCAGUGUACUCCCAUGGAGGAGAAGGACAUGAGUGUGUUGGGCUCAAGAAAACACUGGUGUACUACCGUGGCAGCGCCGGCAAAGGCACCAAAACUGAUUGGAUGAUGCACGAGUUUCGCCUCCCUAACACUGCAGACACCAUCAACACAAAACUUCCCAACGCCAAGAAUUAUGUUGAUCAUACUGCCCAAGAAGCUGAAAUUUGGACAUUGUGUCGAAUCUUCAAAAGAAAUGUAUCACAAAGGAAGCACACGCCAGAGUUGAGACUAUUAGGUGCUAAGCGUCAGUGCGUUCAUGACAAGAGCAGCAGAUCAAUGAUGAGCAGUGCUGAGUUUAACACUAAUCAAGAGACAUAUAUCAACUUUGGUGCAAGCUUAGGCUAUUAUCAAGAUGGGCAAAAACCCACCAUCAGUAACUACUCAAGCAGUGAUCAAAGGAAUAACUUUCAUGGAGGCCAGUUAAGAUCUCCAACAGUGGUACAGCAAGCUCAAGUAAAUGCAGCAUCUUCGAACUUCUGGAUGAACUUGGCCAUGAGUACUGAUCAUUUCUUCACAUCUGAUAAUUGGGAUGAGCUUGGCUCAGUUGUGAAAUUUGCUGCGUAGCCUAACCACGCAGUUUUAAUUUAGUAGUUAGGAAUUACAAUGGGACAUAUAUAUAUAUAGUUGUAUUCAUAUAUGAGAGUAUUUGCAUUAGAGAUUAUUAAUUUUGUUGAUCAUCAGUGGGCACAUUUGGCUAAGCACUGCAACUAAACACAAAUGAAAAUAAAUAUUUAUCACAUAAUUUAUGUAUAAACUUUUGAGAAAGUUAUUGAAAUAAACUCAAAUUACUCUCUA